AUACAAAAUCCUCCAAUCUGUCGGGAAAUCGCCCCCACAAAAGAAAAAGUGAAUGGAGGUGCUAAAUUUAUAUAAAAAUUUAAGCCACACGAACUCUAGAGACAAACCUUGUCAAAAACUUAUUUAAUUAUCAUAGCUCAACUACAGUACCAAGCUCAACAAAGCACAAGCCUCGCUAUAAAUGUGGUUGGGGUUUAGCCUUUUAUCCGUAAAACUUUUUAUACGCCAAUUUUGUGCAUGCUCACACCUUUGUCACGUAUUUAGUAGCUCAUCCAUACUGGUUGCAGUGGCAAGUGGUGAAUUUAGUGGAUGACGUGACGAGACAAGGAAAUGAUAAAGACUUGGUUAGAUAGAGAGUAUAUAAAAUGCAGUAAUGUAAUGUAAAGUUAAGUGGCCUUUUCGUUUAAUACGUAUAUCGUGGCACAUAUGACAAGGGAGGAAUAGCAACCCACCCAAACUUGAGAAAAUGGCACGAAGGGGAUAGAUUAGGUUAGAUUGCCAUUGCCCCCACAAAUAAAUUAUCCAGCCAGCAGAGAAUUUUAUCUUGGUCCAACUACUUUAUUAGACUUCUCCCACCCGGAUUUGGGACCAGUUUUCUCCGGGCUUUCGCCAGCCCAUAACCUUCCGUCCUCUUCGAGAGAGUGAAAGUGUUCCCACUCACAAAUUCACUUGUGGAAGGCAGAUUAUCAAAUAAUAAUAUAUAAUUUUGGAUUGAUUUUCCGUGCCAAUAAAAAAAGUUCAUGGUCAACAAAUAGUGAAAAGGUGAACUAGUAUUAUUUCAUCAGUCAGUCAGGGUUUGUCCAUCGUUGCUCUUGAUUACACUAAUUAAAGAUGGGGAUGCUAGUACAAACUUUACUGGUCCUCUGUAUUUCUGGAUACUCGUACAGUCAAGACUGGUAUGAACAAAAGUACUAUCACAGGCCAUCCGAACUCGAUUCUCAGACAUAUCAAGCUUUAGCAACUGGGGGAAAUUCUGUCAGUUUUGAAACAAUUGUAAAUCCGCUUUUAAUCCCGAGGGUACCUGGAACUGAGAAUCAUGUUGCUGUCCGUAACUACAUCUCAGAGUUCAUGGCCAACCUUGGAUGGAAUGUAGAAAAAGACACAUUCGAAGACACAACUCCACUUGGUGUUAAACCCUUUGAAAAUAUUAUUACAACUCUCGAUCCAAAUGUUCCUAGAAGAUUGGUGUUAGCUUGUCAUUUCGAUUCGAAAUACACCCGAGAAUACGCAUUUGUCGGGGCAACUGAUUCUGCAGUUCCUUGUGCUCAAUUGAUGCACCUCGCAGCAACAAUGAAAACAAUGUUAGAUAGUCAUAAAAGUUCGCCACAGAAUGUGACCCUUCAAUUUAUAUUCUUUGAUGGAGAAGAAGCAUUCCAGUACUGGACUGCAACUGAUUCCUUGUAUGGCUCAAGACAUUUAGCUGCCAAAUGGGAAGCAACUCCGUAUCCUCCAGGAAAUACAAACAGGACGAAUGAGCUGCAUAGAAUGGAUAUGAUGGUGCUUCUUGACCUUUUGGGAACGAGUAAUAUAAGAUUGUACAGCUACUUCCAAGAGACCGCCCAUUGGUACAAUACUAUGCUGCAAUCGGAGCAGCAAUUGAAACGAUCAAAUUUGUGGAGUGGGUCAACCCGUACAGCCAUCUUUCAAGCUCGUACUCAAUUCGGAGGAGUAGAAGAUGACCACAUACCAUUUCUUCAGCGUGGAGUGAACAUAAUGCACCUUAUCCCAUCUCCAUUUCCAUCUGUAUGGCAUACCGAGAGAGAUAACAGGGAGGCGCUUGACUUUCCCACCAUCGAUAAUUUAAACAAAAUAUUCCGCUUGUUUACUGCGAGAUAUCUUUGGGGAAGUCAUUCAGGUUCUUCGACAACCCAUAGCCAAGUUCCACAUACAUCACCUUCUACAUCUACAGGCACUACACUCCGUCCAUUAGGAUUUUUGAAUAAUUUCUUCAAUCUGUUUGGAUGAUGACUGACAUAUGCCUACGCGAUAUUAGAAUUAUUUUACAACACUAUCAAUUGAGCAUUUUAUUCUAUUAACACAUACUUACAAAAUGCAAAGCAGGUCACAGGUGUGGCUGACAAUGGGUAAAUCACGUGACAGACAAUAUCAGAAAAAAUUAUUUUCACAUGACAUUUGAACUUGCUUAUAAUUUUCUCCUCCAUCGGGCCAACUUAAAUCCAUGUUGUAAAUGUAUGCAUAUUUUAGUAAUUAUCCUUAAUUAAUAUGAACAUAAAGGUAAAGGUGCUCCUUAUAUAUUUAAUCAAUAAUCUUUAUGCAAAGUUCAUGUAUAUGUAUAAUUACGUACUGUGUUACAAUUUGAAACAAAAGUCUGUGAUGCUCUUACGUUCAUGUACAUUCGGUUAGGUUAAAUUUACAAGUCAAGUAAGAAUUACAAAACUGAACCUGGUAAAUUGUAGUUUAAGUUACAAUCACAUGACAGAAGACAAAUUUUACAAUUUUAUGGACUAUCAAGGACAGAAAAACUUUAACUAUUGUACUUAUAAAUUGUACUUAUUUCAAACAUGUUUUAUUUACUAGUUUCAUAUUAAUUACAAUUUAGGGAAUGGAUUAAAAUUUUAAAAAAAGUUAAAACAUA